CUAUUUAUAUCGCCAUUACCAACGGGGGUAUAGCUCAUAAUAGUGUAGUGUUCUCCUCCUCCUCCUCCUCCGACGACGACGACGAAAUGGCUCGUCAUCAAACACCUUCGCACCUGGCUGCUGCUAUAAUGCUAGUAAUUGGAGUGGUACUAGUAGCUAGCCUACAGCUAACAGAUGCGCAGAUUGGAGUUUGCUAUGGAAUGCUUGGCGACGAUUUGCCGUCCAGACAAGAAGUUGUGGAUCUCUACAAGCAAUAUGGCAUCGGAAGGAUGAGACUGUACGAUCCAGACCAAGCUGCUCUUGAAGCCCUUGGGGGAUCCAACAUUGAGCUCAUUCUAGGUGUUCCCAACUCAGAUCUCCAGAAUCUUGCUUCCAGCCAGCCCAAUGCCGAUGCUUGGGUCCAAAACAACGUCAAAAAAUAUCCAAACGUCAACUUCAAGUACAUCGCUGUCGGCAAUGAAGUCAGUCCAGUUAACGGUGCAGCUCAGUACGUGCCCUACGUUGUCCCUGCGAUGCAGAAUGUGCAGACAGCAGUGUCCGCAGCCGGACUUGCCGACAAAAUUAAAGUCUCCACUUCCGUUGAAACGGGACUCCUUGGAGAGUCUAGCCCUCCAUCAAAAGGAGUCUUCAAGGCGGACGUUCAGUCCUAUCUCGAUCAGAUCAUCAGCUUCUUGGUGAACAACAAGGCUCCUUUACUUGUAAAUGUAUACCCCUACAUCAGUUACGCAAGCAACCCAGAUAUAGAUCUCAAGUUUGCUAUUUUCACUUCUCCUGGAACUGUGGUCAACGACGAUCCUUAUCAGUACCAAAAUCUGUUUGAUGCAAUUCUCGAUGCCUUUUACUCGGCAUUAGAAAAGGCUGGCGGUUCUUCCUUGACGAUUGUUGUGUCGGAGAGUGGAUGGCCAACGGCCGGCGGAAGAGACACUACCAUUGACAAUGCAAGAACCUACAAUUCCAAGUUUAUAGAGCAUGUCAAGGGAGGGACGCCUAAAAGGCCCGGCGCCAUAGAAGCUUACAUAUUUGCCAUGUUCGAUGAGAACAAAAAAUCGGGUGACGAAGUGGAGAGGCACUGGGGUCUCUUCUCUCCAAACAAGCAACCUAAAUAUCCAAUUACUUUCAGUUAGAAGCUCAAGUUCCUAAGCCAAGAAGAGUGUCUUCUCCCAAAGUACUACGGCCAUACAUAUAUAUAGAAUAAGUGUUGUAUGCAAUUCAAACACAAUUGCAAUUCCUAGCUAUAGCUUAUAUAUGUCUAUCCAAGCAUUUGCCCCCUCAUGGGGCAAACUGUCCUAAUAAAGAAUCAAUAUAUCGACGUAAUAUCAUAUUUCCUUUAGCACUA